GGGAGGAGGAGGGCUUUAAACCCAGGCAGCUGUGAGUUAGCGGGCCAGACAGACCGCUUCCUUCCUUCGACAUGAAUCCCGCUCUUGUGGCUCUGGCCUUGGCCCUGCUCGCCUCAGCAGCGGCACAGUCUCAGGACCACCAUGACCACCAAGACAUGGGUUGGGUCAACGGCUACCGACAGAGCUUCAACUUCCAGUGCCCGCAUGGUGAGGUCCUGGUGGCCAUCAGAAGCUACUUCAGUCAGAAGGAUGGCUCGGACCGAUUGUGGACGUUUGAGUGCCAGCCCACGCCUGAGGGCCUUGGCGCCCCCACCGACUGCUGGUGGGACGACAUCAACCGUGGUGGGAUGGAGUGGACGUCCACAUGCACCCGUAACGGCCUGGUGGCGGGCGUGCAGAGCAAGUACUUUGACAGCGUUCUGGACCGGGAAUGGCAAUUCUACUGCUGCUAUUACAAGCGCCGCUGUCCUUAUGCCUGCAUGAAGACCAACGACAUUCCGGAACAGUACCAUGAGGAGGCAGAGUUGGUGGUUCCAAGCUACGGCUACUUCAUCCGAGGAGCUCAAACCACUUUCAGCGGGGUGCUGAGGGAUCGCCAGUGGAAGUACAUUCUGUGCAGGAUGACUGACUUUGACUGCGAUUUUGAGAACUUGUAAAGGGGCAUUGUUUUGCUUUCCGGAAAGACAUCUGUAUUUACUCGUUUACAUGUGAUUUUUAGAUAACGGUUCCUGUAGUUUGCUGACAAGCACUGGCCUGUACAGGCCUUAUUUACUCGCAUGCAACAUAGAAACACAGUCAUUAAGUUGAAGUCUUCCAGCACGACCUGAAAGGGGUUUUCCAAAGCAACACAUUGAAUCGGUCAGCCUACAUCACAUGACUGUCAUGGCCGUAGAAAAUGGUCGCCAACAUUUUCAUGCAUCACAAAGCCAUUCAGCAACAGCAUUCAAGCAUUCGUGUAGGAAACCUUCAAGGAGACUCAUUUAGGAUCAAGGAGUGGCAAAUACCAACUUGGUUUUAUGAUGACACUGUGUGAAACAAUUAAAAAGCCCCUUUCUCAUUAUUCACUGUUAGCUUUUCUGUCUUCAAUGUGCCCACACCAUACAAACGACACAGUUGGAAUGCAUUUCAAAACAUCCUCUUAAAGAUACUACUAUGUACUGCAAGAAACUAAGCAAUAUUAAAUGUCUAAA